UCCCUCCUCCUCCUUCUCCUCCUCUCUUGUCCUCUCUCUCUCUCUCUCCUCUCUCUCUCUCUCUCUCAGACGGAGCUCUGCGUCUCCACCGGCCGCAUCACACCGCUCUACCCGGCCUCCGAGCACUCUGGAGCUGCUUGGAUUGAACACUUUACCCUCCUCCUCCACCCUCAGCUGUGGAGGAUCUGAACGGUCAGUGAACUUUUUCUCCAACCAACUUUGAGGGCAUUUUUUUCCCGCACUGGUCUCUUUUGGUGAUGCCUCCAGACUGGAGCCCGACAGGUGCACCUCUUCCUCUCACACACGACCAAAGACUCUAUGAAAGCUGGUUGCGCGCAAAGAUGAAGAAAAACUGAGUAUUUUGUGUCAGUUUAAAGUUUAAAGAUUUACGCUUUUUUUUUUUUUUUUUUUAGACUGAUCAGAAAGCAAGAGAUGGAUCGAUCAUUCUGGGAAACGCAUCGAGUUUGAUGUUACGGAUUAGACAGACAGAAGAACAAACACCAUGCUGCUUCUUCCAUUCUCCAGGUUUCUGUGUUUGUGGCUGUGCAGCGAGGCCGUCUCGACUCAGCUCCACUGGCACGAAACAAAGACCACUUUCAGUCCUCGUUAUGAUGAAUCCACCAACGCGCAGAGGAGCCGGAGAUGGCGUACAGUCUCCGGGGAGGACAAUGGGAGGACCUCGUGGCUGGAUACCGUGAACCCGUCCUCCUCUGACCUGCCGCAGACGCAGACACCACACCGGCGCGCUGUGCGUAAAAGUAAAAGCGACGCGCCACAUGGAGCGAGGCGCAUUCGAAUGUUACCCGGAGAUGGAGCGUUACGCACGGAUGGAAACGAGGUCGGCGAGCCGCGGAGACGGAGCGCAAAACCUGGAGGAAGCAGGAGGAGGAAGAGAAGCGAGCCGUCGCAGGACGGAGCCGCCAUGGCGCAGGAACAAGGACUCAACAUUACUGACUAUGAGGAGGAAGGGGUGGACUACUCUCUACCGGAUUCCCCCCCCGACACCACGCCGUUUGUGCCGGUGAACCGGCGCAAGCAGCUGAAGAACCCGUUCUACCCGGUCACCGCGGAGUCGUACGGAGCCUACGCGGUCGUGCUCUGCGCCGCCGUGGUCUUCAGCGUGGGGAUCAUCGGGAACGUAUCGGUGAUGUGCAUCGUGUGUCACAACUACUACAUGAGGAGCAUCUCCAACUCGCUGCUGGCCAACCUCGCGCUCUGGGAUUUCGUCAUCGUCUUCUUCUGCCUGCCGCUCGUGGUGUUCCACGAGCUCACCAAGGACUGGCUGCUGGGGGAGUUCUCGUGCAGGAUCAUCCCUUACCUGGAGGUGGCUUCUCUCGGGGUCACGACCUUCACGCUGUGCGCUCUGUGCAUCGACCGUUUCCGCGCCGCCACCAACGUGCAGAUGUACUACGAGAUGAUCGAGAACUGGGCGUCUACCACGGCCAAGCUCGCCGUCAUCUGGGUGGGCGCUCUGCUGCUUGCGCUGCCCGAGCUGCUGAUCCGACAGCUGGUCACCGAGGACGGCGACCCGCCCGACGUGACGCCGUGCGAGCGCUGCGUAAUCCGGAUCUCCACUGACCUCCCGGACACGCUGUACGUCCUAGGACUCACCUACGACGGCGCGCGCCUCUGGUGGUACUUCGGCUGCUACUUCUGCCUGCCGACGCUGUUCACCAUUUGCAGCUCGCUGGUCACCGCCCGCAAGAUCCGCCUCGCUGAGCGGGCCUGCGUCCGCGGCAGCAAGAAGCAGAUCCAGCUGGAGAGCCAGAUGAACUGCGCCGUGGUGGCGUUGGCCAUCCUGUACGGCUUCUGCAUCAUCCCGGAGAACAUAUGCAACAUCAUCAGUUCGUACAUGGCGGCCGGCGUUCCCAGGAGAACCCUGGACAUCCUGCAGCUGGUCAGCCAGAUGUUGCUCUUCUGUAAGUCCGCGGUGACGCCGGUGCUGCUGUUCUGCCUGUGCCAGCCGUUCACCAGAGCCUUCCUGGACUGUUGCUGCUGCUGCUGCGACGAGUGCGGUCCGCCCCGCCCCGCCGCCAUCGCCGCAACCAGCGACGCCGACAACGAAUGCAACACCACCGAGCUGGAGUUGUCGCCAUUCAGCACCAUCCGCAGAGAGCCGUCCACCUCCGCUGCCUACAGCGCCGUGGGGACACACUGCUGAGGUCAAAGGUCAACAGCGUUAGGCGGAGCUUCUUCUGGGUCAGAGUCUGAUUGGUGGACGCGUUGACAUAUCAGGCUGUAAAUUCCUGAGAUUUUUAAAACUGUUCAUGUUUACUGGCGGACAGACUGGAUUUGCCACUGUUGGUCCGUUCACUGUUUACAGAGUUUAUAUAUGAAAGAACACAGUCAGUAUUAGUUAAUAGCAUUUAUAUGUUCAGCUCUUAAUUAACUCACCCGUAUUUUCACUGAAUCUGCACUCAGUCUUACUUUUUGUUCGUUGUCACUGUAUCUUACAGAAGCUGAGAGCAAACGUGGACUCCGGCGACUUCUUCUUCUCAUUUUCUUGAGAUCACAUGAUUACAAAAAAAAGUGGUUUGACGUCUUGAGAUACGUGAUGAUUAAAUUAAAACGCUUUAUUUUAAGUGUCUGUAAAUUCACAACAAUUUCCUUAAAAAAAAUCCCCCGCGACGAGAUCCUGAUAUGAGCAACAGACCGCUGUAUGGGCUGCACAGCAGGGAGGAUGUUCCCAGUGUAACGUACUGGGAGCUGUGGAACCCUUGUUGGACUGACAGACUUCUAGUGACACAUUUUGCAUGCAAAAGGUUCAUUCCCAUCCAGACCACAGUGAUUGUUUUUAAGAAAUCUUGUUGAUAGUGAGUUUCCUGCGUCCUAAACACAUUUUCCAUCAUCCCCGGAUGACGGGACGCCAUUAAUCUUGAGCCCUGACAGUACCUACGGUAUUGUGGAAAAACGAAUACCGUCACGUUUUCAGAAUUUUGGCAUCGACUUGGUACCUAAGUAUCAGUUCUCCUGACAUCCCUAUUUCUAUUGCUUCAACACGGCUCUCAACAUGGCGAUGACUGAGCCAGGAGCUUGCAGCUAACAGUGGAAUCAACAUCAACAGUGCUGACGGAGCUAACAGUGUUAACCUGGGGGGAAACUAGAGGGUUGGUGCUACGCUUCUGCGGUGGCGGCGUCAGUUGCGACAGAAUUAUCAGCUGUAACCGCCAUAUGAGAGCAGUGCAGAGCGGCGGCCGUAA